UAUGUAACACUCCUCCUCCUAGAGGACCGUUGCAGCUGAUACUGCGGCACACCGGCUUGUAUGGGGUUUCGAAGUCGGUGUUACACAUCGAUUGGGUGAAGCUAUCGCCGGUGCACACCACUGAACUUCACGUUCGGCAGUUCCGGAGGCGCGCACCCUGCUUGUGGGCGCGCCUCCCUCUAGUCACGUCACCCAACAACAACAAACAUGAACUUGGAUCGUUUACGAAAGAGAGUGCGGCAAUAUAUAGAGCAGCAACAGUACCAGAGUGCUCUGUUUUGGGCAGACAAGGUAGCUUCACUAUCGCAUGAAGAGCCACAAGAUGUUUAUUGGUUGGCACAAUGUCUGUAUCUGACUGCUCAGUAUCACAGAGCUUCACAUGCAUUACGGUCACGAAAAUUGGAUAAGAUGUAUGAAGCAUGCCGUUCUCUUGCAGCUCGAUGCCAUUAUGCAGCAAAAGAAUACCAGCAGGCUCUUGAUAUCCUAGAUAUGGAAGAACCCAUCAGUAAAAAGCUGUUCGAUAAGGGUAUAAAAGACGAAAAGAUCUUAAAGGAUAGUUCUGGAGAAUGGCAAAUGUCACAGUCCUCGAUUAAGAGCUCAAUUUGCUUGUUGCGUGGGAAGAUCUAUGAUGCCUUGGAUAACAGAACACUAGCAACUUACAGCUACAAAGAGGCCUUGAAGUUUGAUGUUUACUGCUUUGAAGCAUUCGACCUGUUAACAGCACACCACAUGCUUACGGCACAAGAAGAGAAAGAACUUCUUGAUUCUCUACCCAUUAGUAAGAAAUGUCCAGAAGAUCAAGAACUCCUCCGUUUCCUCUUUGAGAACAAGCUGAAAAAGUACAACAAACCUAGUGAAACAGUAAUUCCAGAAUCUGUAAAUGGCCUUCAGGAAAACCUAGAUGUAGUAGUCUCCUUGGCAGAAAGACAUUACUACAACUGUGACUUCAAGAUGUGCUAUAAGCUUACAUCUGCGGUUAUGGAAAAAGAUCCCUUUCAUGCUAAUUGUUUACCUGUACAUAUAGGCACUCUUGUAGAGCUGAACAAAGCAAAUGAGCUCUUCUAUCUUUCACAUAAACUAGUUGAUUUAUAUCCAAAUAAUCCUGUGUCCUGGUUUGCAGUGGGUUGUUACUAUCUCAUGGUCGGGCAUAAAAAUGAACAUGCCAGAAGGUAUCUCAGCAAAGCCACCACAUUAGAGAGAAGUUAUGGUCCAGCAUGGAUUGCAUAUGGACAUUCAUUUGCGGUGGAAAGUGAACACGACCAAGCAAUGGCUGCUUAUUUCACAGCAGCACAGCUGAUGAAAGGAUGUCAUUUGCCAAUGCUGUAUAUUGGACUGGAGUAUGGCCUGACCAAUAAUUCCAAGUUGGCAGAAAGAUUUUUCAGUCAGGCUUUGAGUAUUGCGCCAGAGGAUCCAUUUGUUAUGCAUGAAGUUGGUGUGGUGGCAUUUCAGAAUGGAGACUGGAAAACUGCUGAGAAGUGGUUCUUGGAAGCGCUAGAGAAAAUACGAGCCAUUGGAAAUGAGGUAACAGUGGAUAAAUGGGAACCUUUGUUAAACAACUUGGGGCAUGUACGUAGAAAACUGAAAAAGUAUGAAGAUGCCUUAGAGUAUCAUCGUCAAGCCUUAGUCCUGAUACCACAGAAUGCCUCCACCUAUUCAGCUAUAGGAUAUAUCCACAGUCUAAUGGGAAAUUUUGAAAGUGCAAUUGAUUAUUUUCACACAGCCUUGGGUCUACGAAGAGAUGAUACCUUCUCAGUUACAAUGCUUGGACAUUGCAUAGAAAUGUAUAUUGGAGACUCAGAAGCAUAUAUUGGAACAGAGAUCAAGGACAAGUUAAGAUGUUAUGACUUUGAUGUGCACACCAUGAAGACUUUGAAGAACAUCAUUUCUUCUCCCUGGGAGGUUGACAUGGAGAGACAGUCUCUUGAUGUGAGUGGCAUAAUGGCCUUAGAGUCUACUAAUCUUCUGCCUAAAUCAUCUGAUGCCAGGUCUCCAGUUGAAGAAUCUCUUGAAAUAGAGAUGAACGAGAGCGAUAUGAUGCUCGAAACAUCAAUGUCCGAUCAUAGUACAUGAGGUUUACAUUGUUCUUAUUGGGACUUUUUCUUUCACCCUGAAAUAAAGAUGUUUUAUGUAAAGACAUACCACUUCCUGCCAAAACUGGGAAUGAGCCCCUUGCUUCCCCACAGAGGCACUGGUAUUCUGUUGCUAAUGACCUGUGUACGUGCCUGUCAGGACUUUGUGAGGGGCAUGUUACUCUCCAGGGGUUUUACAUUUUUACUGUUAAACAUUGUAAAAUGCAUUCACCUAUUAUGUUUUGUUGGUUUUUUUUUAACAUUCUACUGUGGACUCUAUUAUGAUUGUAAUAAAGUGAUACAUUGUCACAUGUCAGAUAGAAAUUGCAUGUG